AUGUUAGCCAAGUCGGUCAUGCCUGCUGUGUGGGUGUGGAUGCUCUUGGCGGUCAUGAAUCUGACACCCGGUCAAUUCAUUAGUGAGGCACUGAUUCAUGAUAACGAGGCAUCCAAUGAAAGCACUGAAAAUCACUUAGAAAUCCAACCAAAGUCGCCGAAAUCACGAAGAACUUCAUGUAAAAAAUGCUAUCCAUAUCUGUAUCCAAAGGAUAAGUACUAUGUGCUGCCAAAAAGAACAGGUGAAAAAAAGCGUCAUAAUGUUGUUUUUAUACUGGAAGAUCGGAAAACGGGUCGACCCAUCAAAGUGGCAUUUAAGAAUGGCUUAAAAAACAAUAGAAAUAUUCGUGUUUUGAAGGGUUUUAGAAACUCCAAUGAACCGUGCCGGGACAAACCCGGAAGAUGUGUAUAUCGGCUGGUCAACAGAAAAACUUUUCGAACUUAUAAAGUUGAUUUUAAGAAGGGUUUUAAGAAUAAUAGACGGGUUAAUAUAUUAAAGCUAACUCCUUAAGUGCAACACUAAAAUAAAAUAAGUAUUAUUUUU